AUGGAGGAAGCAGCAGAGGACGGAGACAAGAUGACCAGCCAGCAGGCUCUGUGUGACCCCAAUCAGGGGAGCAGAAAACGCCCCGGCAUCUCCACUCUCAAAUUGUUUAUUAUGGCGCUGUCCUUCGCCUGCUUCUCAAAGGCUCUGGCAGGAACCUACAUGAAGAGCUCCAUCACUCAGAUUGAGAGGCGAUUCGACCUCUCCAGCACACACGUUGGACUCAUCGAUGGCAGUUUUGAGAUGGGCAACUUGUUGUUUCUUGCUGUGGUCAGCCAUUUUGGGGCCAAGCUACAUCGGCCCAGACUCAUUGCUGUGGGCUGUUUCGUCAUGGCUGUCGGGGCCUUCCUCACCGGCCUGACACACUUCUUCAUGGGACGCUACAAGUACAACACAAUCAUUCAAGUGUUCCAGAAUGACAGUGUGAACAUCGCCGCCUGUGUGGAUCCUCUAAAAAUAGAAGUACUGGAAAUUCAGAUCGAGCCCUCUGUGGAAGACAACAAAACCUGUGAGGGAGAGUCUGGUUCCAACAUGUGGAUCUAUGUGUUCCUGGGGAACGCUCUGCGAGGGAUCGGAGAAACCCCGGUCACACCUCUGGGCAUUUCUUACAUCGACGACUUUGCGAGAGCGGAAAAUUCACCCUUCUACAUCGCAUGUCUCCAGACCAUCACUCUCCUGGGCCCCAUGUUUGGUUUCCUCCUGGGCUCCUAUUGUGCCAAACUAUAUGUUGACAUUGGAUAUGUUAAUAUUGAAAGUGUGACCAUCACUCCGAAAGAUGCCCGCUGGGUGGGCGCCUGGUGGAUGGGCUUCAUGGUGUCCUCCGUCCUCCUCCUCCUCUCCAGCAUUCCCUUCUGGUUCCUGCCCCGCUCGCUGCCAAAUCAGGAGGGAGAUAAGGGCAAACCAACUCCCGGCCGUGACACCCUCGAUGGGACGGAGGAUGUUCCCAACAACAAUCACAACCUCAAGCUGACCGACAUCGCUAAAGGUUUUGUUCCCUCACUGAAGCGCCUGUUGGGAACUCCUUCCUACUUUCUGCUCCUUUGUGGGAGCAUCCUGAAGUUCAACUCUUUUAUCGGCCUGUUCACCUUUAAAGCCAAAUACAUGGAGCAACAGUUUGGACAGUCCGCAUCCAGAGCAAACUUCCUUAUUGGUAUGUUGAACCUGCCAGCGGUAGCAGUGGGGAUCUUCCUGGGAGGGCUGCUGAUGAAGAGGUAUAAGCUGAGCUUGGUGUCAGGAGCUCAGCUCUCUUUUGCCACAUCCUUCAUGGCAUACCUCCUUCUGCUGCUGCAGUUUGGAACCAAGUGUGAUAACAUUCCCAUGGCCGGGCUCACCAUCUCAUACAACGGGACGCAGAGUGUAUCAUCUGACAGAGACAUGCUCUUCUCAGAGUGUAACAGAGACUGCUCGUGUUCAGCAGAGGAGUGGGACCCCGUGUGCUCCGACAGCGGCAUCACCUACAUCUCUCCAUGUAUGGCCGGCUGCCUCAGCUCCAGUGGAUACGGCAAGAACACGGUCUUCAACAACUGCAGCUGUGUGUCCGCCUCCUUCCCAGCAGGCAGCAGCAGGUCCGUGAGGCUGGGCCAGUGUCCUCACGCCAUGGACUGCGGCCGCAGUUUCACCUCCUACAUGGCUGUAUCUGUUCUCAGCUCCUUCAUCAACUCUCUGGGAGCUACACCUGGCUACAUGGUCAUCAUACGAUGCAUCUCACCAGAUCUAAAAUCCCUUGCACUUGGUAUCCAGGCCUUAGUAACUCGGACUCUUGGUGGACUUCCUGCACCCGUGUAUUUCGGAGCCCUGAUUGAUUCAACUUGCCUGAAGUGGUCAAUCAAGAAGUGCGGGGGCAGAGGGGCAUGUCGCAUUUAUGACUCUAAUAUGUACAGGAUCAUCUUCCUGGGUCUGAUCACUAGUCUCAGUGGAUCCUCGUAUUUCUUCAUCAUUGCCGUCAUCGUCCUCCUCAGACGACAGUUUCGUGAGCCGGAGCGAGAAACACAAACGUCGAAUAGAAAAGCUUCAGAGGGAAUUGACCUUCGAACCGCAUCAAAACCCACCGAGGACGAUCCCGGCCCCCCUAAACCUCCCGAAGUUUGGAUAAGUUUCGCAACAGAACUGGAGGAGGGAGAGGAGAUUCACAGAAUAGUGCAGCUCCCACAAAUUGGCCGACUCAGUUCCUCAAAUAACUCCGGGGAGACGCAACAGCUCAAACCCCUGACAGAGACCACUGUUGAAUUCACUCCUCCUAGUGAGGAAGCAAAGACGGAGAUAGGCGGGCUGAAGUCAGAGGAGGAGGUGAAAGAGGGAAAAGACGAGGUUUGCAAGGAGACGGACGCACAGGUGGAAAAAGAGGACCAUCUCACAGAUGAUAACGUGUUCGAGACAGAAACAACACAAACGGACGGCAUUCAAAACUAA